CACUCUCUCAUUUCUCAGAUGACAACAAACGGAGAAGAGCCGGAGUCUGAGCUAAGAUAGAAUACAAGCUAGAAACUAAAGUUAAACUCAGCCUUUCGCCUUUGGUUAAAGUGCCAAAACAACGGUGCGCAAUUACGCACAGAAAAACAAUGAGUGCCACAACAGCAAUGGAAGUGAACAUCGAAGCCAGGCGGAUCCUGGCCGUGUCUAUAAGCAAGCUGUACGCCUCCAGGACCCAGAGAGGAGGACUGAGACUUCACCGGAGCCUCCUACUCUCCCUGGUCAUGAGGUCUGCCCGGGACAUCUAUCACUCUUCCCGGGAGAGCGAGGUCCUGAGCGGGGCGCAGUCAGCUCCGGAGGAGCCGAUGGACACCAGCUCCAGCCCAGGGGAACAAACCCGGCUACCAGAGCCUCAGCCAGAACCCCAGCCGGUACUUAACUCAACCGAAACGGCUCCAGAGGAGCCUGACAACACGGAGGACGGGUGUGAUAGCGAAAUCAUAGAGGACAAAGAGAACUUAAGCCCUGCCAAGCAGUCCAGGAAACGCCGAGGGAAGGCGUCGGCGGCGCCUGACUUCCUCCCGAGUAAGAGGGCGAGGCUGGAGCCCGGGGAAGAGAGGUAUGAGGUCCCACUCGGCAGCUGUCGCGCCGGGGAGUCCCUGACCACUUUGUCUCUAAAUCGGGUUAUACCUGCCUUCUGAACAGAUGGAGGGAGAAAUUAGCCUCCUAUGGGGACUUUAGAGCGGAGUGAUUCUCUACUCCUCGUUAACCUAUAAGGGCGCUGUGAUCCCUUUGCGCACCGCGGAGCUGACCUACAUCAGCAGUCCCGGGACAGUGGGAUUACCGGGGCACUGGUCCGAGCUCUCCGGUCAAUCACAGUGUGCCUGCCGGGCUUGUAAAGCCCCCACAGAUAACAACAAAGCACACAAGGAGAAGAAGCGGGCCGGCAAGAGAGACGGCGGAAAGUUUGAGGAAGAACCCGAAGGGGAACUGGUUGUGUUGCUUUUUGUUUCCUGGUGAUUCACCUUCAGUUUAAUGAGUCCAAACAAGUGACUGCCGCUGACUCAAAGUGUGUGUAUGUGUGAAUCAGCAGAAAGAGACUUGAGUCAGACAGAGAAGAAGUGAAGUGGUUAACAGUUGACCAUAAACCAGUACACACACACAUACACACAAAACCGGGCAUUCAGGGAUUUCCCGGCCUUUACACCCGGAUAUCACACUGAAACACUGUUAAAAGGAAGGACAAUUGAGGCAGACACACUGCUGCGCAUACAUUUACAUGCACGUUCAGCUGCUGCUGCUGUGGACUUUGAUAAAUCGAUACUACUGCUUGGGGGACUGUCCUACAUACUGUGUUCACAUGGCUGUCCACGUGGGGUUGGAAGCCCAUUAAUUUAAACUGUGUGUGUUUUAAUGUCAUUGAAACCACCUUGUUCAUGUCUCGUCUGUGAAAUGAUGUUACCUCACAUUCAAAGCUGCUCUUUAAUUCAUGUGACUGAAUUAAUGUUGUAAAUGUUUCUAAUAAACAUGUAGAAAGGUUAA